GUGGAUCUUUUUUUGGUAGUGGGAAAGAAUUAUUCUUUCUCCAUUGGGGGGGAGGAAUUUUUUUUUUUUUUCCCCUUUGCUUCGUACGGUCUUUUUGUUACUCACUUUUACCGCCACUAGUAUACAAAAUUACGUUGCCCGCCUGUAAUUUUGGAAUCGGGUUUCUGCCCAACUCAUUGCCACCGCCUUCCCUUUGUAGCAUCUUAUCCCACAUUCUGCCUCACAAUUUUUUUUCUUCUCUUGUUUGGAGAGAGAGAGAGUCUUGUUCAAGUUCUAUUAUUCAUGUUCUUUUGAGUGAGAGAGGGAUCCCUCAUUCCAGGGACUCUUUAUAUAAUCCUUCCUGAGAAAUUUCUAUCUGAUUGACAGGUAUUAUCUUCCCUCUACCGCCACACUCUACCGGCAUAGCGUGUUGUGUUUUUUUAUACAUACUAAAAUGCCGGAUAUCACCACCCUAUCCGACCACGGGAGUUUUGUGGAUGAUUCACCUGCACAUGAUGCAAUCCCCGGUCAUCCCCUAGGAGUCAAACCGAGUGGCAAUGCCUUACUUGCCGCUGAGAACCUUCGAGAUGUGAUUGGGACAUUCAAUUUGUUGCCCGAUGAGCUAGUCUUGGUCCUACUGGAGUACCUGGAUUGCCCAAGUCUCUUGAAGCUAGGGCAAACAUGUAAGGCAUUUUAUGCUUUCACCCGAGCGGAAGAUUUCUGGAAAACCUUCUUUAUCAGGUCUCCCCCGGCCUCUUUCGCCUGGAGAGGAACAUGGCGCGCAACCUACCUAAACCUCCCCCCAUCUAAAGUUUCUUUCGUGGACUGUUCGAAUUUGUUCUCCGACGCCCUUCAUCGUCCAUUCUAUUGCGCGCAUAUUUCUUUGGAGUCCUAUGUGACCAACAUUCCCACUAGGAAUCAAAUCGUUCGUUUGCCUAACCUUUCUCCCGAGGAAUUUCAGGAGAAAUGGACCGACCGUCCCUUUAUCCUCACAGAACCAGUGAAGGAGUGGCCAGCAUAUCAUAAUUGGUCGGUAGAAACACUAUUAGUGAAGCACAAAGACACUCCUUUUCGCGCGGAGGCGGUGGACUGGCCCUUGAAAACAUAUGUGGAUUACAUAAAAUACAACUCCGAUGAAAGCCCUUUGUAUCUCUUUGACAGGGCAUUCGUCUCCAAGAUGGGGCUCAAGGUUGGUCCCCUGGACCAGGAACCUGGAACAGCAUACUGGCCGCCACCAUGCUUUGGGGAGGACCUCUUUUCAGUCCUGGGGAAUGACCGCCCCGACAGACAAUGGCUUAUCAUUGGGCCCGAACGGUCAGGAAGUACGUUUCACAAGGACCCGAAUGCCACCAGCGCCUGGAACGCGGUCAUCCGAGGCUCCAAGUACUGGAUUAUGUUCCCUUCGUCCUCGAAGCUUCCCCCUCCGCCCGGUGUAUACGUAUCAGAGGACCAGAGCGAGGUGACUUCACCGUUAAGUAUCGCGGAGUGGCUUCUAGGCUUUCAUGCCGAGGCGCGACGUACACCAGGCUGUGUUGAAGGGAUAUGUAAAGAAGGCGAAAUCCUUCAUGUUCCUUCAGGGUGGUGGCAUUUGGUCGUCAACAUCGAACCCGCGAUUGCUGUUACUCAAAACUUCAUUCCUCGAGCCCACUUGGCGGCCGCGCUGGAUUUCCUGUCCAACAAGGCAGACCAAGUUUCUGGUUUCCGCAAAGACAUUGACAACCCCUACGAGCGAUUCGUGGCAAAUAUGCGCGAGUCCCACCCAGAGUUACUAGAGCAGGGGUUGGAGGAGCUUAAAAACAAAUCCGAGGGCAAGAAGCGAAAAUGGGAUGAAAUCGUCCAUGGAAAAGCAGAUGCAGAGAAUGCCGGUGCUGAGCCAGAAGCUGGUGGAUUCAGUUUUGGGUUUGGAGACGAUGGCAGUGAUGUGGAAGUCCCUUGA